UUGAAAUUGUAAUUAGUUGAUUAGUGACCACUAGGAAUUUUAUACUAGUAUCUCACGGUCAAACGUCAUUUUUAUCUUAGUUCUAUAUAUGAAACCCCUCUGCUCAAUUCAUGCUUGCCAUUUCCAUUACUAUCUUUAAAAAACAAAACAUGCAGCUUAGGCAAGUAGCUAUGUUUUCUUUCCAACUCCCCUUUUUUAUUUCCUUUGCGCUCAUUGUUACAUUAGCCACGGCCCAAAUUAUCCCCACUAACACCACUUCUCCUCCUCCCACCACCACUCGUCCUCCUCCCACAAACACCACUUCUCUGCCACCCAACGCCACCCCGACAAUCACUAAAGCUGCUACAAUCACAAAACCAGGAUGUCCGCAAAAGUGUGGGAACCUUACAGUUCCGUACCCUUUCGGGAUUGGCUUAGGAUCUGGUUGUGCCUUAAAUUCGAAUUUCGAAAUCAACUGUGUCACUAAUACAACAGGUUUUUCGACACCUUUCAUAUGGAACAUUCCAGUCUAUGAAAUCUCGGAUGCUGAAAUGCGCAUAUCAAGUACCAUAAAUCGGAGGUGUUAUUCAUCUACAGGAAUGUUGCUUCAAAAUGAUCCUGCUUGGAUGAGUUUAGGAACUUCAAGUCCUUACAGUUUCUCUACUCUCAACAGGUUCACCGUUGUUGGCUGUGAUGAAGCUGCUAUAAUAUUUGGAAGUGACUUUGCUAAUGGCUGCCCCACAGUCUGUAUUAGUCCCAGUAACGUCGCUGAAGGGAGAUGUAUGGGUGCUGGUUGCUGCCAAAUACCAAUACCAAAAGGCUUGAAAUUUUUCAACACAACAAUGCAAAGUUCGAAACAAAAUCACACUGGAGUCUGGUCUUUCAAUCCAUGUGGCUAUUCAUUUCUUGGUGAGGCCAGUCGAUUCCAAUUCAAGGGUCUACAAGAUCUUAGUGACCUUAAAUUUGUAAACAAGAUUUUGGGUAAUGUCCCUAUUGUGUUAGAUUGGGCUAUUGGAACUCUUAGGUGUGCUGAAGCACACAAAAGUAACGAUUAUGCUUGCCUGAAUAAUAGCCAGUGCGUUGAUUCGGACACUAGCCUUGGUGGUUAUAGGUGCAGUUGUAACCCAGGUUAUGAAGGCAAUCCAUAUAUCGGGCCAGGAUGUCAAGAUAUUGAUGAAUGUGCGGACCCAAAUACCAAUUCAUGUGAACACAAAUGCAUAAACACACAAGGGAGUUACAAUUGUUCCUGUCCGGAAGGAUACACUGGUGAUGGCAGAAAGAAUGGUCGUGGUUGUAUUGCCCCAAACUCCAACUCUGAGUUUCCAUGGAUCAAGUUUUCUGUUGGUAUGGGAGUUGGUUUUAUGUCCUUGGCAAUUGGGACAACAUGGCUCUAUUUCAGCAUCAAGAAAAGAAAACUUAUUAAACUCCGGGAGAAAUUCUUCCAACAAAAUGGUGGUUUGCUCUUGAAACAACGAAUUUCUUCUAACAAGGGUGGUGUGGAAGCAACCAAAGUUUUUACAGCUGAAGAAUUGAAGAAGUCUACAAACAACUAUGCCAGUGAUAGAAUUCUUGGUCGUGGUGGAAAUGGAAUUGUCUACAAAGGUAUACUACCUGAUAAUCGUAUAGUUGCUAUUAAGAAAUCUAAAUUUGUGGACGAGGAUCAGAUUGAACAGUUCAUCAAUGAGGUACUUAUUCUUACUCAAGUCAACCAUAGAAAUGUGGUGAGACUCUUUGGAUGCUGUUUGGAGGCUGAAGUUCCUUUAUUGGUCUAUGAAUACAUUUCUAAUGGAACUCUUCAUCAGCAUAUCCACAAUCAAAAUGGAUCGCCUUGGUUGUCUUGGCAAAAUCGGCUAAGAAUUGCUAGUGAGACAGCAAGUGCACUUGCUUACCUUCAUUCAUCCACGCAAAUGCCUAUAAUUCACAGGGAUGUCAAGUCGGCCAAUUUAUUAUUGGAUGAUGUUUACAAUGCGAAAGUGGCAGAUUUUGGAGCUUCAAGAUUAAUCCCUCUUGAUCAAACGCAUAUUGCUACAUUGGUUCAAGGAACAUUAGGGUACUUGGAUCCUGAAUAUUUUCGUACCAGUCAGUUGACUGAGAAAAGUGAUGUUUAUAGUUUUGGAGUAGUCCUUGCUGAACUUUUGACAGGGAUGAAACCUAUUUCGAGGGACAGAGAUAACGAGGGCAAGAAUUUGGCAGAAUAUUUUGUUUUGUCCAUGAGAAAGAAUCAAUUGUUUCAAAUUCUUGAUCGUAGAGUGGUAAGAGAAGGAAGUCUUGAGCAGCUCCAGAAGGCCGCUGAUCUAGUGAAAAGUUGUCUUAGAUUACACGGUGAAGAUAGGCCUACGAUGAAGGAAGUGGCAAUGGAACUUGAAAGUUUAAGAAAGUUCACAAAAAACAACCCUUGGGCUAAUGGAAAUGAAAAUGGAAAUGCAGGGAAUGAAGAUGUAUCAUCAGAUCUUUAUAAAAUUUCAAUUGACUCAAAUACAGGUAUCAACAAUUCCGCCGGACAAUACACUUCCAACUCCAACACAAAUAGCAGCAACUUUUCUUCAGUGACGAUAUAUGAUACAAAUAUCCCACGGUGAUCUAAAGAAGGCCAAAUAAUUCUUCAAUGUUGAAUUUUCUGAUGUAAAUUUGCUUUCCAUUUGUAACUUUCUCUUUGGAUUUUGGUUUGCACAAAAAACCUUUUUUUCCAGAAUCUAUUGCUUUAAGGGUCAAACUUCAAA